AUGGCUGGAACCCAAAAGAAGAAUGCCAAAGGGCGGCUGGAUAGAUACUACCACCUGGCGAAGGAAAAAGGGUAUCGUGCGCGUUCCUCUUUCAAGCUUCUCCAAAUCAACCAGAAAUAUGGCCAUUUCCUAGAAAAAUCUAAGGUCGUGAUAGAUCUUUGUGCGGCACCAGGAUCCUGGUGUCAGGUCGCAGCGCAGCUUUGUCCUGUGAACUCUCUCAUCGUGGGAGUAGACAUUGUGCCCAUCAAGCCGAUCCCAAACUGUAUCACGUUUCAAAGCGACAUCACGACGGAAGACUGCAAGUCCAAGCUCCGGGGUCAUCUCAAGACGUGGAAAGCAGACACCGUGUUGCACGACGGUGCGCCCAACGUGGGUCUGAACUGGGUGCAGGACGCUUAUACCCAAUCGCACUUGACGCUGCAGGCUUUGAAGCUUGCUGUUGAGCAUCUGACAGCCGGCGGAACGUUUGUCACCAAGGUUUUCCGUUCGAGAGACUACAACAACCUGGUUUGGGUUUUCCGCCAGCUCUUCGACAAAGUCGAGGCCACCAAGCCGCCUGCGUCGCGUAACGUGUCUGCGGAGAUUUUCGUUGUUUGCAAGGGUUUCAAGGCGCCCAAGAAACUGGACCCUCGGUUGCUGGAUCCUAAAGAGGUUUUCGAGGAGCUGCCAGAGGGUCCCGUCAACAACGAGGCCAAGGUCUUCAACCCGGAGGUCAAGAAAAGAAAGAGAGAUGGUUACGAAGAGGGCGACUACACUCUUUUCCAUCCGAUGGCUCUUCUGGAUUGGGUGCGACAGGAAGAAGACGUGAUCAACACCCUAGGAAGUGUGAGCAAGUUCGAGAUUGACGAGAAUAGCGACGAGUGGAAGCUUCUGCGUCGGAUGAAGGACACCACUCCGGAAUUUUUGGAGUGCUGCAAGGACCUCAAAGUGCUGGGCAAGAAGGAUUUCCGUAUGCUGAUCAAAUGGCGGAAGCAUGCUCGUUUGGUGCUGGAUUUGGACACUGAGAAGGAGGAAAAAGAGAUAGAGGUCGAGGAGCUGACCGAGGAGCAGAAAAUCGACCAGGAGAUCGAGGAAAUGAAGGAGAAGAUCCGUCUCAAGCAGAAGAGAGAGAAAAGACGCAAAAAUGAGGCCCGGCAGCAGGAGAUCCAGAGAAUGCAGAUGAACAUGUUGACAGACAUGCAAAUCGGUAUUGACGCGGGCCAGAUCGGGUCGGAAAGUCUGUUCAACCUGAAGCUGGCGGAGAAGACCGGACAGCUGAACGAGCUGGCCCGCGGCAAGAAGAGUAUGGUGUUCACGGGCGAGGACCUGAUCCGCGACAACGACAUUGUUGUGGAUGAGCACCAAGCUGUGGAGUCUGGCGACGAGCUCGACAACCUUGAGGACCAGCUCAAUUCGAUGUAUCAGCAGCAAAAAGAGGCGAAGAUGGAGCGGGACGCGAAACUGAGAGCCAAGGCUGCGCGUGGCGGCGACGACGAGGAAUGGGAAGGAAUCGAGGACAGGCAGAGUGAGGUCGAAUCGGACGAGGCCGUGGAGGAAAGCGAGAGCGAGAGCGACAUCGACAGCGACGACGACGAGGCGAUCAACAAGCUGAUAGCCACGAUCGAGAAGAAAAAGAAGGGCGCACUGAGCAAGACUGCCAGCACAUUCUUUGGCGACUCUAUUUUCGAGGGCGUCGAGGAGGUGGGAGCAGGCAAGGAGAAGCCGGUGCAGGAGUCUGCAAAGCAGGCAGUUUCUGAGCAGUCUGAAAGCGAAAGCGAAAGCGAGAGCGAGAGCGAAGUUUCCGAGUCAGGGUCUGAGGCCGAGAAUGAGGCCGAGAGUGAGACGGAGCCCGACUUUGAGCUGGUUUCCGGGUCCGGCGAUAAUCUGCCUCACAAACAAGAGGUCGAUCUGGCCACUGUGGAGGCGAUGACACUUGCCCAGCAGCUUGCUCUGGGCCAGAGAUCGAAGAAAGACCUGAUCGACGACGGGUUCAACAAGUACUCGUUCCGCGAGAAGGAAGGACUGCCGGACUGGUUCCUGGAGGAUGAAGAGAAACACAGUAAGAUCAACAGACCAAUCACCAAGGAGGCCGCGUUGGCCCUGAAGGAGAAGAUGAAGCAGCUGAACGCCAGACCGAUCAAGAAGGUGAUGGAGGCUGUUGGCAGGAAGAAGCUGAGGGCCAUCAAGCGACUCGAGAAGAUCAGGAAGAAGAGCGAUCUGAUUGCCGAGGACGACUCGAAGAGCGAGCUCGACAAGGCCAAGGAGAUCCAGGCUCUUGCAGCGAAGCUGGGCAAGAAGAAGAAGACCAAGCCGAAGGUCACGGUGGUGGUUGCCAGAGGCACUCACAAGGGCCUGUCUGGGCGUCCGAAGGGCGUCAAGGGCAAGUAUAAGAUGGUUGACGGUGUGAUGAAGAACGAGAUGCGUGCAUUGAAGAGAAUUGAGAAGAAGCGGAAGAAGGGUAAGAAAUAG